AUGGAAGAGUACGGGCAGGUCCUUGACUCAUUCAUCCACAACAUUGGCUUCGCCAGUGACGAGGGCCAGCUUCGGACGCUUGGCGAUGUCAUCGAGGCGACUACCGAGCGGCACCCGGGUAGCGUCCUCCAUGUUCUAGACCUGCUGAAGGGCCAUUCUCCGUCGAACUACGCUGGGAGGGCGGCGGAAUGGGCCGCAAAGGCGGUGGACUUUGUGGCAUCCCCAAGGCUGUUAGACUCCCUUUCUGGGACUCGAUCCUUUCCCUCCGUGAGCGAGUUGGUGAGGGACCGCGAGGCGCUCGACCUGAUCAGCCACCUGUUGGCGUCCCGUGGCCAGGAAUCUCUGGAGGCUCUGCGGCGCAGCAACCCGCUGCUCGCUGACAAGGCGGAGGACUUCGGCAAGUCGGGGUAUCUCCUCCUGGAGAAGGACAGCGUGUCCUUCACCAGCGGGUUGCACCUGGAAUUCUUCCGCUACAACCUGGCCAGGAGGGUGUGGGGCACCCCCAAGGACAUGCCGGGGUCACUCGAGGCGUUUCUGGAGGAGGCUCUGUCCAAGAUGCAGGCGCCUACGCUACAAAACAGCCUGAACCUGAGCACGAGGGGCGGUGUAGUGGGGGGUGUGCUCGAGUCGCAUUUCCAAUUUGAGCUGUACUCGGCGGUCACGAGUCUGUUACCAGAGGGGGUCUACUUCUCCCCGACAGUCGGCAAGAUCUAUGGGUUGGAGGCUUACGUGGAUUUCGUGUUGCACGGGACGGGGAUGAAAUGGGCAUUUGAGCUGCUGAUUGACGGGAGGGACCUGACAGAGCAUCUAAAAAGAUUUCUGCCAAACGGGCGAUAUCAUCCCAUGAUCCAGGGCAAUCAGAUCGACGCAUGGGUUGUGGUGGACUUGCGCAACCACAAGACCGGGAAGCCAAGACGGGCGAGGGGUCCAGGGGUCUGCCAUGUUCUCUUCGACUCCAAGUACGAGAGGGCAAUUGUUGAUUAUGGUAACAACAAAGAGCACACAGUACUUCUGAUGGGUCGAAGGUGA